AGGGAAUUUAGGGGCCAGGAGGAGCUCAAGACAACAAGUGUGGACUGAGCGAGCUGGAGACAGCCACUGUCAGCAGGCGGUCAGCAGGUGAGGGGCCUCCCAGAGCACCCACGGAAGCCAGCCAGGAUGUUCUCCAUAUUCAACAUCUGGGGCACGUUCAACAGAGUGCUCUUCUUCCUCAGCCUCACCGUCAGCCUCGCAGGGUUGGUGGGCAACGCUCUGCUGCUCUGGCACCUCGGUCUGCACAUCAAGAAGGGUCCCUUCAACACCUACCUGCUGCACCUGGCUGCUGCCGAUUUCCUCUUCCUCUCCUGCCAAGUUGGUUUCUCUAUUGCCAAGAUCGUGUCGGGCUAUGAGGAUACAGUCUAUUUCCCGGUCACCUUCCUGUGGUUUGCUGUGGGGCUCUGGCUGCUGGCUGCCUUCAGUGUGGACUGCUUCCUCACCUACAUACUCCCCUCCCUUUGCAGCCCCAACCGCCGUCCCAGGUACACCUCAUUUGUCCUCUGCCUUGUGAUCUGGGCCCUGACCAUGCCGGCCGUGCUGUGGCCAGCCAACGCUUGUGGCCUGCUGUACAAUGGAGUGAGUCUGCUGGCCUGCCUCAAGUACCACUGGGUCAGUGUCGUUUGGCUAGCAGUACUGUCUGGUACAGCAUGUGGGGCAAGCACGUUUCUCUUAAUCUUUGGGAACUGCUGCUCUACACAACCACCCCCCAAGUUCUGCAAGUUGGCCCAGUGCUCCGGGAUCCUUCUGUUCUUCUGUCGCCUACCCCUGGUUGUCUACUGGUGCCUGCGGCCAGUCAUAAAAUUCCUGCUCCCCUUCUUCUUUCCACUGGCCAUCCUCCUGGCCUGCAUUGACAGCAGUGCAAAGCCCCUCUUGUACUACAUGAAGGGCAAGCAGCUCAGGAAGGACCCACUGCUGGUAGCCCUAAACAGGGCUUUGGGGGAAGAGGCCCAGUCAAGUCUUGGGGGGCUAUCCCUGCCCAUGAGCCCAGUGUAGAGAGUGGCCAUCGUACACCCACCUGCUCUGCCCUCAUAGCUGCCAGGGGAUCCAAGUCUUGCUCAAACCCUUGCCAUCGCCAGAGGAAGCCAUUUUGUGGCUUCCUCUUGUAAGCAGGGGUGAAGGGAAACGGGUCAGACUGCAUAUUGAACACGCAGAGGAGACUGCAAGGAGGACAGGAACAGACAGGGUUGGGGGAGGGAACAGGUGCAUGAAGGAGGAUCCCAGAACUACACAUGUGUCCUACAUUCUUCUGCCCCUACAGCAUCCUACCUGAGAAAACUGCCCCUCAACCCCAGUAGACCAGGGGCUUUGCUUCCUUCUGCCGUAGAUGGGUCAGGUGGCUGGAACUACAGCAUCAGCUCCUGGGAAGCAUUCUCUGCUCUUGGGGGACACUGAGGCCUUGUGUUGGAUACAUCCACUAGUGGACCUCAUCUAGACUGUUCUUUCUCCCACCCUCACUCCAACAUUCCCCGCAAAACCUCACUAUCCAGGUGAUGACACUGGGCAGGCUGCCUCCCCAAUUCUCCAGCCUGGUGUUACUACUCACAGUGGCCACAAGGUGGAGCUGUUUCAUCACUAAAUAGACUCAGUCUGUCCUGUGCCCAGGGCUACCCCAAGUUCUUGCUUCCUGGGCACUUCUGCUUCUCAGGUGUCGCCAAGGGCUGUCACAGUGCCACAGGGGACCCUGGAUCCUACCCAGAUACCACCCCAUGCCCAGUUCUAAGCUCUUCCAGGACUGUGCUCACUCAAGCUUUUUCUACAGACAUUGAUUGACCUCCCUGCCAGCUUAACCUACAGUUCGAGAAAAGAGAGAGAGCGCUAAGCUUCCAAAGUACCCAUUAUUUUGUACAUUUAUGAUGUUUCUUUAAUAAUUAAAAUGA